UAGAGUUGCACUCUCCGAUGUUUCAAAUCAAUCUAUAUAUUCUAAUUGCUUCUCAUAAAUACAUAUCUAAUUAAACUUCAUUGAAAAUUGAAAUCUAUCUAUUUCUGUUAGCAUUGUGUAAGUUUCUCACUUAAAAAAAAAAAAGAUGAAGUUUGGGAAAGAAUUUGUGUCACAAAUUGUACCAGAAUGGCAAGAAGUAUACAUGAAUUACAACUCUCUCAAGUCUAUUUUAAAAGACAUGUUAAAGUUUAAAGAGCAAAAUGAAUCAAAAGCACCAGUGGCAUCAACACCAAAAGGAUCAUUAAAGAGAAGGCUAACUCUCUAUAGAGCUUUUAGUGGUCUUAAUGGUAAACAAAGAGGAAGUUCAAGUACGAAUGAGGACGAAGUAAUACUUGUUCGUUCGGAAGGAAGUGAAGAUUCAAAAGUGUUGUAUCAAACCAUGUUUUUAAACCCUUAUGAAGAUGGAGCAGAGAGAGAUCUUAUCUUUUUCAGGAAACUUGAUGUUGAGUUUAACAAGGUUAAUGGAUUUUAUAAGAAGAUGAUGAAGGAAGUUGUUGAGGAAGCUGAGGAGUUAAGCAAGCAAAUUAAUUUUCUUAUUGCUCUUAGAAUAAAGGUGGAUAAGGUCGUGGUUAGAAAUCUUGAUAGCAAUGAAAACUCUUCUUCAACUUCCAUUUUAGAUCAUGUGAAUGAUGCCAAACAUGGUCACUCAAAUCUACACAUGGAUGUGAUUCAUGAAGUUGAGAUGAGCCAAAGUCAUUUGAGUGAUGAAGAUGGAAAUCGUGUGGCACAAACUAAUUCUAACACAAAUUCCAUAGAGGGUUUUAGACCAGCUCCUUUAGAGAUUCUUGAUCAUGUGAAGAUCAAUGUGAUCACACCAGAAACUCCUGUAUCAACCAUAAAAGGGCUUCUCUUAAAUUCAAAACCUGACAUAGAAUUUAACAAGAAAGAGCUUAGGAAAGCAGAUGAGCAGCUUAGCGCAGCCUUGAAAGAGUUUUAUCAUAAGCUAAGGCUUCUAAAAAGAUACAGCUUCUUAAACUUAUUGGCAUUCUCAAAAAUCAUGAAGAAGUAUGAUAAGGUCACUUCAAGGAAUGCAUCAAAAGAUUACUUAAAGAUGGUGGACAGUUCCUAUGUUGGCAGCUCAGAUGAGGUUAAUAGGCUCUUGGAAAGGGUCGAACAUGCCUUCAUUAAGCACUUUGCAAAUGGGAAUCAUAGAAAAGGAAUGAAUAUUUUGCGACCGACCGCAAAGAGGGAACGCCAUCGGAAAACAUUCUUAUUAGGACUAUUAACUGGCUGCUCAAUUGCUCUCUUUGUAGCACUACUUAUACUCAUACAUGUAAGAGAUAUUGGAAAAAAUAAAGAAGAAACUGAUAGAUAUAUGAAAACUAUAUUUCCACUAUAUAGCCUCUUCGGAUACAUCGUCUUGCAUAUGAUCAUGUACUCUGCAAAUACAUACUUCUGGCGGCGUUUUAAAAUCAACUAUCCAUUUAUAUUUGGAUUCAAGGAAGGAACAGAAUUAGGUUAUAGAGAAGUAUUUCUUCUUAGCACUGGCCUUGCAGUACUUUCAUUGGCCGCUGUUCUCUCAAACUUAAACAUGCAGAUCGAUGAAAGAACAAAAAGUUUCAAAGCAAUCACAGAAUCAGUGCCUUUAGGCCUUGUCAUGGUUGUGGUUGUUAUAACAAUUUGUCCCUUCAACAUCGUAUAUAAAUCGAGCCGCUUCUUCCUUAUUAAAUGUGCAUUUCGUGCUAUUUGUUCUCCUCUCUACAAGGUCAUCUUUCCAGAUAAUUUCUUGGCAGACCAGCUUACCAGCCAGGUUCAAACAUUUAGAAGUUUGCAAUUCUAUGUUUACUACUAUUUUUACGGGGACUUCAAGAAGAGAUCAAACAAGUUCACUCAAGAGGACAACUAUAAAAUAUUUUAUAUAAUUGUAGCUAUUAUUCCAUUCUGGAUCCGUUUUCUUCAGUGUCUUCGAAGAUUAUUACUUGAAGAGAGAAAUAAAAUGCAUGGACUCAAUGGACUAAAAUACAUCUCAACAAUGGUUGCACUUUCAAUGAGAACAAUUGAUCAGUUUUACUCAGACGUCGCAGCAAACAAGACUACUACUGAGUUUAACGUUUCAAACACUAAAGGAUUAAUAGUUUGGAAAAUUCUGGCUGCAAGUUCUUCAGGCAUUGCAACAGUUGUUAAUACCUAUUGGGAUAUUGUCAUUGAUUGGGGUUUGCUUAGAAGAAACUCAAAAAAUCCAUGGUUAAGAGAUAAACUCUCUGUGCCAUACAAAAGUGUAUAUUUUCUUGCUAUGGUGUUGAAUGUUAUACUUAGGCUUGCAUGGAUGCAAUCAGUUUUAGGCAUUAAGGAAGCUCCAUUCCUUCAUACAUCAGCUUUGACUGCUGUUGUAGCUUGCUUGGAGAUACUUCGCCGUGGCAUUUGGAACUUUUUCAGGUUGGAGAAUGAGCAUUUGAACAAUGUUGGAAACUAUAGGGCAUUCAAGUCAGUACCUCUUCCUUUCAAUUAUCAAAUUGAUGAUGAUGAAGACAGCUCUGAUACAUAAACAAGUAUGGAGUAAAGAUAGGGUGUUUGUAUACAUAUUUUCCAAAUCAAUUCAUUAUAGCUGUUUUGGUAUGUAGAUGUCUCACGUUGAAAAGUGAUAAGGCUUGAAAAUAGUGUAUAAAGAGUUGUAUUCUUCACUUUGUAGAUUGAUUUCGUAAGGUAAGGAUCAAUUAGGUUCAAAAAAUUACUAAAUAAUGUUGGUAUAUGUAGAGUGUUGCAAACGAAGGCAAUAAAGCCAGUUUGUGUGUGUUUAUAUAUGCGAAGUUAAAUGCUGAACAAGGAACUAUAUCUCUCACUUGCUUCAUUAUAAUUUAUAUAAGUGAAUAGAGAAAUUGCUCAUCGAAAUUAUCCAUA